AUGAAUAUCCGCAGCAUCUUCAUCGCUACCAUCGCAGCAAUGGCUGCUGCUGCUGAAGCUCAAUCCAAGGUCAUUCCGUACGACACGGUACAGCCCUUUCCCCAGCCGGUUCCCACCACUGAAGCCCAAAAGGCCAUUCUCAAGUACAAGCCUCAACUCAAAGUUGAGGAAGGAUGCCGCCCAUACCCGGCCGUCCAGCAAGACGGUGCCAUUAGUAGUGGUCUCAGAUGGAGUGGUCCGGAGGACAUAGGGUGCAAGGGCUCACUUCGGGGCUCUCAAAUCUAUGCUCGCUCAAAACUGUUCAAGGACAAGUGGGCUGUCAUGUACACUUGGUACUUCCCUAAGGGACGUGCACCGAUUCCGGGUCCACGCUCCUCUGGUCACCGCCACGGCUGGGAAUACGCUGUCGUGUGGUUGGACAAGCUCACUGCAGACAAUUCGACCAUUCUGGGCACGUCCCUGUCAGCUGCAGUCGGUUGGGCGAAGGAAUCCCCUACUCCGAAAGAGUACCUGGAUGGUAACAGUUUGAAGGUCGCGUACUACUUCAACGACGAUUUCAAAAACACUGCUGUGAAGUACACACAGGCUGGUGGUGCGUUCCAAGACCUCAUCAUCUGGGACCAGCUCUCGGAUGUUGCCCGGGCUUCUCUGAGCAACACAGAUUGGGACGAGACGCCUUUUAAUGUGGCUCGUGUCAAGAUGCCGAUGAAGGAUGGCGUGUUCGAGGAAAAGCUUUCGGGCGCGUAUCCAUUUUAG